AUGGAAGUAAAAAGUAAACGGGGGAGCUUGGUGCUCGGUCAUUAUCCCAGAAAAAGAAGUUUGACAGGCUGUUUGACCUGUCGAAGAAGGAAGAAAAAAUGCGACGAAACCAAAUCAAUCUGCAAUGCUUGUAGAAGGAACUUUCUUGAAUGUGAAUGGCCUGCUAAUAGCAAAAGGGUUGACAAAAAGGCUUCUCCACCAAAAUAUGGAAAUCAUGUGAUACAGGAUCACAGAAAAGCUUCGCUGAGUUUUCAUAUAUCUCGAUGUAAUGCAGCUCAGUUUGUUAAGAAUGAACGGCGCACAAACUGGCACUUCAAAAAGUUUUCUGUGAAUCUUAGAAAUGGAAAAUUAUUCCAGUACAACUCCAAUAACCUGCAAUUUGUUGAAAUAGACGAUUUUCCUACAAGUAGCGACGAAAUUGACGUAAUGCUCGAUUCUUCAUCGACUCAUCAAAAAGCCCCAUUGAAUGCCAACUACUCUGACUCUGCUCCUUUGCUGGACACAGUCUCCCACCAUUUAGAUUUGCAGUUGGAGUCAUUCAUCGAAAUAGAUGUUCCUUUGAAUGCAAUUGUAGAGCGUCCAGCUGAUAGUACUUCUCAGUAUAAGGUACUUGCUGAUGCGAGAGCACCUCAGACCGUUAAGUUUGAAACUCUAUUCCAAAUGUGUAAAAAGAAAGAGCCUGUAUCAGAAAUAGAGUUCACAAAUGUAGAUAUGGAAAAGUUUCUUUUCUAUUCCUGCUUGAGAGGCUACAUACCCAAGAUGACAACGCAAUACACACAUUCCAGUCUCACUACGGAGGCCACUUUCAUCCCGCAAGUUGAAAAAAAUGUGAUCAUGAAGGAAAUAUUCUUGUGUUGCGGAGCUACUUAUUUAGCCUGGAAUAACGUUCAAAAAUUUCAAAAUAUUAGCGAUGAACUGUAUAGCAAUUGCAAAUUGAUGAUUUGCAAUUACAUCGGCAAAAACGAUAAUUUUGCGGACGAAGACUGGCUUUUUGCUGCUCUCCAACUACUCUGCAAUAGGGAUAAAAAUUCCCUGACUGGCACAUCAGAUGAUGCUGCGUGGCAUCUUGUAAGAGCGUACGAUAUAAUUCGCUUGAAAUACUAUGGUAUCAAGAGUUCUGAGAACAUAAUUAUAAACAAAUUAGCAAAUCCAAAUCUCAUACUGCAACCGUUAGAAAGAACAUUAAUUGAAAGUUUUAUUUACCAGUUUUCUGUUUCGGUGCUAUUCAUACAGAAUUUCCAAGGUCUUCCCAGUCCAUUCAAGAUCUUUAAAAUACUUAAUGUGGUCCUGAAAUGUCCAGUUUAUAACUGCGAGCAUGUUGUCGAUUGGAUGAAAAAUCCCAUUCUGGGUUCUUCUUUGGAUUCUUUCGAAAUCUUAGCUAAGCUGUCAUUCAUUGGACGUACCCCAUGGCCCUUGGCUGAGGAGUGCAUUGAGCAAGUUACUCGAUUGCGUAGCAUGUGUGAAUUUUACACGCCUGCUGCUCCAUCAAAGCUUAUGGGUGGAGACCAUUGGUGUAAUUUCAAAAUAAAUUCGUUAGUAGGCAUUAUCACGGCCAAGUCAUGUUGGUUAUUUGCCACAAAACUUCUGAAUUUCAUGCAUUUUGAUCUUCAGGACCCCACUGUGCAAGAAUACGUUGACAGUAUUCUGACAUCUUGGAGAAAAAUUCCAGUUGGACAUAGUGUCUGGGGGAUACUCUCGUGGAGCUUACUCGUCACUGGUGUGUUUGUAGCAGAUCAAGAACAGCGAGCGACCGUUCUGAAUUAUGUGGAUAUAUGGUCAGAGCGCACCCACAGCUAUAAUUCUUUCAAAAUAGCGUCCUUCUUAAGAAGGGCAUGGGCAUCAGAUGAUGCCCCUAGUUUCAUUUUUGAUAGGACCCAACUGGGAAACGUGAGUAUGUAA